AAAAAUAAUUGCAGUGUUCUAAUUAAAGUUGUAAAAAAGAAAUAUUUGUGAUUUAUCGUAUUAUAUUGAUCAACAUUUCGGAAAGGAACAAUCAUUAACGAUGCCAUUUUUGAAUUGGUGUAAAAAUAAACGGUAUAUGUGUGUUGCUUUGACGCUUUUGCUUUUCAUUGGAAUCACUUCGGUCAUUGUAUUGAACGAAUAUUCAAACGAAAAGCCAGAGUAUAUGGGUGAGACAUGUAGUACGGAUGCUUGUCACCAAACCGCUGAAAAUUUGUUUAGAUCAAUGGAUUUUAGCGUGGAUCCAUGUUCUGAUUUCUAUCAGUUUACCUGUGGCAAUUGGAACAAAAAACACCACAGGCCUAAUUACAUGGAACUCUUCAAUGGCCUAUUCGAAGGUCAAUUCAAUGUAUUUAAACAGUUGCAAGAUGUAAUUGAAGCUAAUGAAACGGCAAACGACCCGGAAUCUGUAAAGCAAAGCCGAAUUUUUUAUCGAACAUGUAUGAACACCGAACAAAUGGACGCAUUGGGACUAAAGCCAGCCCUUCAAUAUCUUCGAUCUUUCCAUUUACCCAAUUAUCCUUCGGUUACCCUUGAAAUGUUUCAGUCGAAUGCAUCGAAUGCAAAUUUCGAUUGGAUUGAAUCAGUAGCGGAAAUUAAGAAAGUAACGGGCGUUGAUAUAAUUAUUGGUUUUUCAUUCCUACCGGAUUUUAAAAACCAUUCAAUAUCGAAGAUACUAUUCAGUAUGCCGUCACAAAAGUCAAUUUUUGAAGUUGAAAAAAAUAUCGAAAUGAUUCGUAAAAUAGAAAAAUUUGCGGAUUUUAUGAAAAAUGUUGUAAUCGAGUUUGCUGUUGCAUCAAAUCAAAGAAUUCCCAAAAUGAUAUUGGAUGACGUAAAGAUUUUUAAAAUUUUUCAAAUGGAGGCCACGUUUUCAAAGUUUCAAUUGGAGGCAAAAUCUAUGUCAUAUUUUGAGAAUAUUAAUUUCUCAUCGAGUGAAUUCAAAACUGAAAUCGAUCAAAUGGUGAAUCAGUACCUUAAAACCAUGUUUAGGAACAUCGAUCCAAAUUUCAACGCAUCUGACUAUAAAAUAUUGAAAUUUACACACUAUUUACACAAUGUAAUGAAAUACAUUUCUACUUUAUCAAAAGUCGACAUGGAAAAUUAUAUUUGGUGGAAAGCUGUAGAGCAAAUGAUACCACUUACUACGACGAAAAUUAAAAAAAUGCAUGACGAAAUAAUGAAAAUAUUUACAGAAAAUGAAGCAAAACCGAAAUGGUUUAUUUGCUCGUUGCUUACCAAUAAAUUGUUUGGUAUGGCUUUAAGCCAUUAUCUUGUCAAACCGACUUUUAUCAAUUCAACCGAAUACAAUACUACAUUAGAAAUGGUAUCCAAUAUCCGAUCAACAUUCCAUAAUUCAGUCAACGAUAUUGAUUGGAUUUACAAUGAUACAAAACAAAUUAUAUUUGAAAAAAUGGAUGCAAUUGAAUCAUUUUUGGCGUUUCCCGAGUGGAUUUUUGACAGAGAAAAGUUGGACGAAUAUUACGGUGAAUUGAAUUGUAGUUCAACGAAUCAUUUAGAAAAUGUAUUUGAAAUUCAUGCAAUGAUGAUGGAAAACGAGUUGAAAGCGUUGAAAACACCUGAAUUAAGAAAAGAUUUUGACUACGAUAUAAAUCCAACAACUGUUAAUGCAGCUUAUAAUCCCUUCAACAACCGAAUCACAAUUCCAUGGGCUAUGUUGCAGUAUCCACUCCAUAAUUUGGGCUUGGAAGUUUUGAAUUAUGGUGCAUUGGGAUCGACUGUCGGUCAUGAAUGGAUCCACGGUUUUGAUAACAACGGGCGAUAUUUUGAUAAAGAUGGAAAUUUUGAUUCAUGGUGGCCAACUGAUGUGUCUGAUGAGUAUACUAAACGAGCAAAAUGCUUCAUCGAUCAAUACAGUUCUUUCUAUAUGCCUGAAAUUGAAGGAUAUGUCGAUGGGGAACUUUCGCUAAACGAGAAUAUCGCUGAUAAUAGUGGAUUACGCAUCGCCUACUAUGCAUACAAAAUGUACGUCAAACGAAACGGCAAAGAGAAACAUUUACCCAAAUUCCAGAGAUUCACAGACAACCAACUCUUUUUCAUAUCAUUUGGAAAUCGUUGGUGUGAUGCUCCAACGCCACGGGGACUAAGUAUUAACCAAAAUGACGAACAUUGCCCAAAUAAAUUCCGUGUCGAAGGUGUUUUAUCUAAUUCCGUUGAAUUUCGAAAUGCAUUCAAGUGCAGUAAACACUCAAGAAUGGUUUCCAAAAGCCCAUGUCGUGUAUGGUGACUAGAAUUAACACAAAACUAAUAAAAAAACAUAAGUACUUU